UGACAUUUUCAUUUCCAAACUGAUGCAUCGGAUGCUUCAAAAUGAUCUUCUGUUUAUUAUGUGUUAGUUGGUGUAAAAUUACGUGUGAAUAGUCUGCAAUUAAUUAGUAACAAAAAAAUCUGCAAUGGAUUUCCUCCAGGAAGCCGUGUUCCUGGGCGUGGAUGUCCUAGUACUGGGCCUUUGUUUUAAGGAGUAUUAUCAGUGCAAGAAAAUCAGUACAGCGCUCAAGGAAGCGCCACAACUGGGAAUCGAUGAGACGCUUCCGGAAAAGCUGAAACGUAGCAGCGAUAACAAAAUAAAGUAUGGUGUCAUCCGAGGAACGGUUACCCCCAUAGGGACACCAUUGAAAUGCGUUAUGUCCCCAUCGGUUACAGGCGUUUUACAGAUUAUGAAAUUAAAUGAACAUAGAGUAGCUCGCGGAUUCGCGGGAUUUUGGGCGGAGCAAAGAAAGCUUAUUCACUUCUCCUACAAUGAGGUUCCCUUCCAAUUGACCAAUGGAAAACUAGGAGUGGAAAUCGUCGAUGGGCUUUCAGCGGAGAUCUUGGAUAUGGACACCGUCUACGACAAUUAUGAGCCGUCGAGUUUAUCUUUUUUCGAUCACAUAUUUGGAUUUUUCUCCGGCGUACGUCAAAAAGGAAUGCAAACGACCGAAGAGGUUCUUCGCGAUGGUAGUUUUAUAACGGCUGUAGGGGAAAUCGAGCUGGAUGGUGAAACGAUCCGGUUACAGCCGUCUUCCGUGGCACCCAUGUUUCUGACCACUGCCACGCGAAAUACACUCUUGAAAAAGUUUGAAGAAGCAAAAUCUUCCAUGUUGUUCAAGGUGAUCGUUUGUAGUGCUAUAUCGGCUGUUUUGGUGGGACUGAUCACGCGCAAGAUUUACAAACGUAAAAAAAUGGAGUGGGAAGAGCGACGAUUACGAGAAAAGUUGGAAAAAUCGCGUGUCCAACGGAGAGCAUUGGCACGGCAGCAGGUCUUCAACGACGAGCAGCGUUGCGUAGUUUGCGUGGAUAAUCCAAAGGAGGUAAUUUGUUUGCCAUGUGGCCACGUGUGUCUCUGCGAAAAUUGCGCAGAGAAAAUAAAACUGAACUGCCCCGUGUGUAGAUCUAAGAUAGAAUCCAAAGCAGCCGCAUUUAUCACAUAAGCAAUGGAUCUGUGGAUUUUAGGUAAGUUUUAGUUACACUAACGGCUGAUUACUAGUUUUACUCCUAAAUGUUAUGUAUAUAAAUGGCUUCUGGUUGGCUCAAAAACGCUA